AACCAUGGUUUCCACCAAAACCAGUAGCUAGCUUUUUCAUGCCACUGGUUUUUACAAACAUUGUUACGCCCAAUCACAUCUUACUUUAAGGUAUAUAAAACUAUCUUCACUCAAUUGCAUCUUCAAUCAAAACAAAAUCAAGCUACAGAGGUUUCUUCCGUUUUUAUCUACCAAUUAGCCAUACACUAAACUAGCAAGAUUUCAAAUUAUUUCAUGAUGAGUUCAACAAGCAGAAUUUGGACAGUUGCAGCUAGUGUUGGAGUUGUGGAAGCCUUGAAAGACCAAGGUUUAUGCAGGUGGAAUUAUGGUUUAAGAUUAGCUCAACAUCAUGUCAAAAAUCAUUUGAGAUCUUUGUCUCAAUCAAAGAAGCUUUCUUCUUCUUAUUCUUAUGCUAUGGUUUCUAAUAGAUUAAAGGAAGAACAGGCAAAGCAAUCUGAGGAAUCUUUGAGGACAGUCAUGUACUUAAGUUGUUGGGGUCCUAAUAAUUAGACCCGUUAAUAUUGUAACAUAUAUUGACAUGUACAUUUUGUUUAAUGGAAGUGUUAAGAAAAUUCAAAACUUA